AUGACGCAGGGCUGGGCAGACGCUGUGGUCAGCCACCCGCAGUCUGUUGUCGAGCUGACUCGCCUGAUUGCAGAGCCACCUGCAGACACUAGCGCUCCAUCCUCUCCGGAGGGCAGGCCCACCUCCGGCGCCGACUCCCAGCCGCGCAGCGACCCCGGCCGGACUGCUGUCGCAACUGCGCCGCCCGCCGCUCUCCGACACUCUCCUCCACCAGAUGACGCUGUCGUCUCUCGCAUGCGGAGCAUUUCUGAGGAGGAAAGAGGUAGAAGGUUGAUCCAGGCAGCUAAGCUGGGGAUGGAGGAGGAGCUGCAGGUGCUGCUGGCGGCAGGAGCGGACGUGAGGGUGAGGGACGAAAACUGGAGCGGGUGGACCGCCCUGCACUGGGCAGCACAGUGGGGGCACGUGGAGGCAGUGAGGAGUCUCGUGCAGGGCGGGGCCGAGCUCGACGCCAGGGACAACUGCCAGAGCACGCCCAUGCACCUGGCUGCGUUCUCUGGCCACGCCACCGUUGUGAAGAUGCUGGCGGCGUCCUCUGCGGAUCCCAAUGCCAGGAACCAGUGGGGAGCGACGCCCCUGCACUGUGCGGCUUACUGCGGCUACGCAGACGUGGCAGCUGCACUGCUGGAAGUCGGCGCCAACAGGGAGGCGAGAGAGAACAUGGGCAGGACGGCCCUGGACCUCGUAAGGCGGAACAAACACGAGCACCUCGAAAAGAUGCUAAUUUGA